AUGGAAGAGCAAGCAGUAAUGAAUUCUGCCUCACAAUUUACUACUUUAACGGCUUGGUUUAAAUUAAAUUCCACUCAUCCGCCAGCUAGGUCUUACUUUUAUCGUGAGAUUCCUUAUCAUUUUUGGUUUGACAAGACCGCCCGGAAAUGGAAACCGAGAAAAAAGAGGAUAAACGUCAUUGGCCGCAUUUAUUCCGUUACCGUCAAGCAAGUCGAAAGACACAGUCUACGAUUGCUUCUUAUCAAUGUACCUGGUGUAACCAGCUUUGAAUAUUUGAGGACAGUCAACGGGAUCCUGCAUCCAACAUUCAAAGAAGCUGCCAUAGCAAGAAACCUUUUGGCUGAUGAUACCGUUUGGGAACGAGUGAUGGCGGAAGCAAUCGAAUUUGAAAUGCCCGUCCAAUUAAGACAAUUGUUUGUCAACAUUUGCGUUCAUUGCUCUCCAACAAACGCUCGGGUACUGUUAGACAAGAACCUUUCAUAUCUCAUGGAAGAUUUUACGAGACGCGGUCAUGAAGAUGAAAUUGCGAAAAACCUUGCGCUGAAAUGUAUUCAAGAUAUGUUGAGGCAAAGUGGUCACAAUCUUGAAGAAUUUCAAUUGGAAGUUCCUGAUUUUCAAAUUAUUCAUCGACUGAUUGAAGAUGGAGAAGAUGAAAGCUCGGACGAAAUGCGUGCUCGAAAGAGGAGAAGAGGAGAACUAAUGGUUGCUCAGCUGAACGUGGAACAGCAAGCAAUCUUUGACCGUGUCAUGACGUCCGUCAAUGAUAACGUUUGUUCUUCUACAAAUCAUCAGUAUUUUUUGGAUGGACCAGGUGGUUCUGGAAAAACAUUUCUCUACAAUACACUCAUUAAUGUGCUUGAAGGACAAGGAAAAUCGGUUAUUGCUGUGGCUUCAACUGGAAUCGCUUCAAUUCUGCUGUGUAAUGGGAGCACUUACCAUUCUCGCUUCAAAAUCUAUCCUCCCAUCACGGAAACAACAACAUCAAAAAUAGAAGAGCACCAUAUUGAAGCAAACAACAUAAGGAAAGCCAGUCUGAUUAUCAUUGACGAGGUCACUAUGAUGACGGUACAUGCACUAGACGCCAUCGAUAAACUUUUAAAAAAGGUUACGAAAAAGUCAGUCACUUUCGGUGGCAAAGUUCUGUUGUUGGGAGGAGAUUUUCGUCAGUGCCUUCCUGUCAUUAAACACGGUAACAGGGUAAAAGUUGUUGAAUCUACCAUUAAAAGCAGCGGGACUUGGAGUGAAAUUUUUAAGUUCCGUUUGACUCGGAAUAUGCGAACCGCGGACGAUAGUCUCGAAUUUGCUAACUGGCUCAUUGAACUUGGAAAUUCAGCUCAUUCAAGAACUGCAGGUCUGGGACCAGAUUCGAUAGAGAUACCUCAGGACUUUCUUCUUAAUGAACAUUCAGAAGAGUCAUUGGUGUAUCAUGUUUUUGGUAACCCCGAAAAUCUACUGCAUUCAGAAACAGAAGAACAAAUUAGCAAUCGGGCUAUUUUGUGUCCUAUAAACGACGACUGCUUAAAGAUCAACAAUUACAUCAUAAGACAGAUGCCAGGACACCGACGAAGGUAUGCCAGCAUGAACUCAAUUGAUUCGGAAGACCCAGAGGAAAUUGGAAACUUCCCAACCGAGUUUCUUGACACCUUAAAGGUAUCAGGGAUACCACCGCACAUUUUGGAAUUAAAAGUGGGUGCAAUAAUCAUCCUUCUUAAAAACAUCGAUUCGCGUCAAGGGCUGUGCAAUGGAACGCGUUUGAUAAUCAAAAGUCUAACGGACAACCUCAUUCAUGCAACCAUAGCAGCAGGAAAAAAUAAAGGCCACAAUGUCUUCAUCCCACGAAUGAAUAUGUCCCCCAGUGACUGCGAUCUUCCGUUCAAGCUCAUAAGAAACCAAUUCCCUGUGCUUUUAGCUUUUGCUAUAACCAUCAAUAAGUCACAAGGACAGACGUUCGACAAAGUUGGUAUCCAUCUUCCUGAACCAGUAUUCAGCCACGGACAAUUAUAUGUAGCAUUUUCCCGUGCCACUUCUCGCGCAGGAGUAAAGGUCCAAUGGAUGGUAGGACCAAAGCAAGGGAAAAUGCUAAAAGACGAAAGGGUUUUUACACAAAACAUUGUGUUUAAAGAAGCUUUGUCUUAA